CAGCGCCGUCUCCCGACUCAAAAGCGCGGGACGCCCGCCGCCCGCGAGGCAGCCCCGCCGCGUUUCUCGCCUCCGCGCGGCGAGGCCCCGUGACACAGCAGCGCGCGACCGCGGUCUCGCCGUGUGACCCGGGCACAGCGCCAGCUCCCCCAGGCCCGCGCCUCCGGACGCCGCCGAGGAAGCGCCGCGCGAGGACGCCUGGCACGCGUCGGCGUCGCGCGCAUAGCCGCACCCGACGCCGCCGCCGCGAGACGAAGGAUGGGCGCCGGCUCGUCCGCCUCGGCCGGCCCCGGGCAGUACUCGCUCGACGACCUGUUGACGCAUUUGAGCGCCGAGGGCGUCCUCACGGCGGCCAAAGUGAUUGCGACGGGCGAGGACAUGCGCCUCCCGUUGCCAUUGGACUACCUCCAGGACAAAGGAGCGUUUACCGCUGACACUCCGGACGCGAUCAUCGCUUUGGAUCUGGACAAGUUCCGGGACGCGGUCCAGUCCAAGUUGAUCGAGCGAGCGGCGGAGCAGGCGGAGGCCCUGGAGGAGAAACCCGCGGAUAUUUAUCGCUACCUCACACCGUUGGAGGCGAGGCGGGGCUUCCCGCAAGCUUUAGCUGCCCUCAAGGCCAAUCCGAAACUCGCAAGACAGCCCAUGCCCGGGAGCGGGAGGGGUUCGAAGUGGCUGCCCCUGCACUGCGUUUUAUUACUUGGCCCGAAGUACCCGGGCUGGUGGUGGCCGCUCGCGGAGCCGCUGGUCAAAGCUCUAUGUAAAGCCUAUCCGGGAGCAUGUGAGCAGCGCGUGCUCGAAGGCUCGCCGCACCCCUGCGGCCAGUUACCGUUAGAAUUAGCAGUAACGAAGGGCUGGGACGCGCGCGUCGUCGACGUCGUCCAGAAGACGUACCCCAAGGCGGCGGAAACGCUCGAUCCCGUGAAAGUUCCUGGAGGUAUUCUGAAGAAGGCCUUCCCUCCCCCGGGCAAGGGCCUGCCCGACCAGGAGUUCCUGAACGAACUGGGCGGACCGGAGGUGUUAUCGAAUGACAUCAAAGGCGCGACGGUGGCUGUAUUAGCGUUAUCAGGAUGGAACAAGGACAAGCAGCCGACGACGCCGAAGGGCAUGCGCUGGGUCCGGAAAGCGGCCGAGGAGUGCCGGCCCCUGCCGAAACUGGAGGUCGUGAUGCUCCUGCCCAAGCCGGACCCCAAGAACCUCGAGAACGGCUGGUCCGACGGGCGAGAAGUGCAGCGCCUGCUCGAGGAGAAGCUCCACAAGAAGGCCUGCAAAGACGCGAAAAACGCGUCGAAGCGCGCGAAGAAGGCUGAGGGCUUCGCGAAGAAGGCCCUGCCCUUCAAGCCCGGGAAACCGGUGCCCGUCGAUGCCUUGAAGGCCAAACAUGCGAUCCGCGAGUCCUUCGAGGCGGCCCAGAUCUACGACCAGUUGUUGGCUGACUUUACGGAGGCCCAUCAGGGGUUUGUGGUGUUUGAAGGCUGGGAGGAGGCCUCCAAGGACUUCGUCGAGAAGCGUUCCGCGGUGCUCGAAAAAGCUGACUUGAUCGCGGCGGCCCAGGAGCUUUUCGAAGCCGUACCGGAGGGUGCGGACGUCGGCUUGGCCGCUAGGAAAUGGGUCGACGCGCAGGAGAUCCGGGACGAGCAAGAGCGGGAGAAGAAGACGCUGGACGACAUCGGCACGGGCGGGGCGCCCAUCAUCCGCAGCGCGCCGCACGAGGGGUCUAAGCUCUGAUAGUAGGGAC